UUCAGACCCAGAGUUGGUGUUGACACACGGUUUCUCACAGGCCUGUCUUGUACCCGUGUAUCCAGCAGAUGGCACUAGAGUUCUCAAGACUUCAGAUCCAUGCUCUAAAACAGCGCAGCCCCAUAGAAAUAUGAUAUGCUCAGGAACCUCCCGUGUCCAGUGCUGCUGUGCUGCCCAGCAUGGCCCAGUGACCUGUUCUCUCGUGCUUCGCGGUCUGCCUGCGCGAUGCUCCCAGUGGUGCAGGAAGGAUCAGCCAACCUCGUCUCCCAGGCGUACAGUCAGCGCGCAGGUCUUGGGCUGUGGGUGCCUCGGGAGCAAGCAGUGGUGAAAGCUGUUGGAAACCGUGACCGCUCCCUGUUCACUCUUUGUAGAGCUCAGCAAAAUGUUCCCUAUCAGAAAUUGCUCUGUUUGUUUUCAUUGUAAUCUUUUCUCCAGGCCUUUGUGUGUUUUGAUACAUUUCGUCUGAAUUGGCUAAAUAAAUCAUUCUGUUUGUUUGCAAAAUUCCCUAAGGAGAAACUGUAAAUCCAUAUACAUGAGAUUCCGGCUAUGUUUAGCUGUAUAUUUCCCAAAGACUUGUGAGAAUUUAUUUCCUCCUAAAGGCCGUGCAGCUGUGGGGUGGUUUCCAGCUGACCUUAUUGUGACAUACAGGUGAGGUGGCAGAAUUUAGAAUUUGGAGUGGCGGUUACUCCUGGUCUUAGAGUUAAUACACGCAGAGUAGCCACGCCAUAUGUGUUUAGUUUCUUUUUCAGCCAGGAAAUUGAACUAAGUUAUACGUCAAGCAGCUCAUGUGAAAACCUAUAUGGCUAAGCUGAAAGUCCCUCUUGUCGGAGAUGGACAGUAUUACCUAGCAGCAUGCACGCUCUAGCAACAUGAACGACAUCAAGAGUAACAGAGAACUGUACCGGCAGUACACAGUCACGGCCCCCAAGCUGCUGGCCCACAUCUCCAAACUGCUCAUCGUUUGCCGGAAUGCAGGCAUUUCUGUACCGAAGGGCAUCAGAAACAUCUUUGAGUUCACUUGGGAGGAGCUCAUCACCGACCCCAUGGUGCCUACCGCAUCUGACAUCCUGGGCCUGGAGAUUAGCGUGGGAGCCCCGCCCUUGGUGUUGAUGGAAUCGACCCCCAUGCCGGCCCCCACCCAGAAGAAAUCCCCACCGCCAGUAACACCGCCCACAUCCACUAGGCCAGCCAAGUUCACCUUCUCCAUCGCCCAUGACCAUUUGCUGCCCUCCGCCCAGGACACCCUGCACAAGUUCCAGCGGCAGUCCGUCCACCUGCUGACAGAGCUGCUCAGCCUGAAGAUGAAGGUCAUGAUGGAGUCUAUGGCUGUGGGCGCCAACCCCCUGGACAUCACGAGGCGCUUCGUGGAGGCCAGCCAGCUGCUCCACCUCAGUGCCAAGGAGACGGCCUUCAGCUACCUGCUCAGCACAGCUGGGAAAAGUGGCUAUGCUGCUGGACAGAUGGAGAACGAGUCCCCCAUCAACAUCUCCGCCAUUGGCGUGGACUCUCCUUACCAGCUUAUCUACGAACCUGCUACUGGCUGUCUGAGCUUUUCCCUCUCAACUGGAAGGGAAGUCAAGAAGAAAACAGGGAAAUUGAAAAAUGUGGAAGAGCCCACCACACCGCCCCGCCACCGAGGCCCCGGGACCUCUGCCUCUGACAGCACCCAGCUCAGCGACCCCUGCCCCGAGGCCCGGGGGAAGCUGCAGGAGUUGUGUCGCCGUAUAGAAGCCGAGAGGGCCGCAUGGAAAGAGAGGAAUCUCUCCUACCCCGUGAUCUUACGCAACUACAGGGCAAAUAUACCCUCUCAUUCAUUGACGGGCCUGAAAGGAGACGUUCAGCCCCUGAGCUCCCAUCCCGCUCACCCUCUUGGUGCUCACACUUCCACUCCCGCCCCCCACCACCCUGCCUCCCACCAUCCUCACUUCAACCGGCAGUCACAGGACAUCAAGUCAGCCAAGAAGGUCAGCAAGUUGCAUUACACUUUCUAUGAUGGGUCCUCCUUCGUUUACUAUCCCUCCGGAAACAUCGCCAUGUGUCAGAUCCCCACAUGCUGCAGAGGGAGGACCAUCACCUACCUCUUUAAUGACACACCCAGCUUCUCCUUCCUGGCUCUAUUCAAUGCUGAAGGCCAGGGCUGUGUUCACUACAACUUGAAGGCCUGCUGCCCCUACGUCUUGGUCUUGGAUGAGGAAGGUGGGGCCACCUACGACUACAAGGGCUACAUAGUCCACAAGUGGAACUGGACCUCCAAGACGGAGACUUUGCUCUCCCUGCAAUAUAAGGUGAACGAGCAAAUGAAGCUGACGGUGCUGGGGCAGGAUGCCAUCAUGGUCACCUUCACCUCCGUGAAUGAAACAGUUACACUCACUGUGUCAGCCAACAACUGUCCCCACGGGAUAGCACAUGAUAAACGGCUGACGCACAGAAUCAACAACAUGGACGAGAAGACGGCUAGGCUGUGCCGGGCCCUGGCGGAGAUCAAGCGGCGGUUCCAGAAGACGGUGACUCAGUUCAUGAACUCUGUCUUGCUGGCGGCAGGCCUGUUCACCAUCGAAUAUACUGUGAAGGAAGAGACGGAAAUCAGCCGAGCCAGGAUAAAAUCCGGGCCCCAUCUGGAGCAGGGUACCAAGCUCAGUCGGCACUCGGGGGAAGUCCUGUCGUCACAGUCUCAGUUGACCCGAGCCGAAGUCUCCGCGGGGGAGUCUGUGAGGGAAGACUCCGUGUGUGUUCCUGUGAGGCGCCUUCGGAAGAAGACCAUCCAGACUGAAGCCAAAGCCGCGGCCGUGCCCAGAGGGAAGGCGAGAGCGCCGCACUGCGCCACCAGAGGGGAGGCCUUGCCCUCUGACUGCCCUCUAGUGCUGCGGAAGCUCAUUCGAAAGGAAGACUUCCGGGCCAGCUGCAAGUGCUUGGUGAAGACACCCCUGGUGUCUGACGUGGAGCUGGCGCACUUCCUGUCGGCGCCCCGGGACCCCACCCAGGUGCUGGUGUUUGGGAUAGUGGCAGGCCAGAGCCCCACCAGCACGGCGGAGCUCCAGUGGCUGUUCAACACCCUCUACAGUCACCAGCAGCGGGGUCGCGCCUCGCCCUGCAUCCAGUGCCGGCAUGACCCCUACCGCCUGCUGCGGUACGACCUGGACAGCCCCCUGCAGAAGGACCCGCCUCUGCUGGUGAAGAACAAUGGUGUGGUGCAGGGGAUGGUUCUGAUGUUUGCUGGGGGGAAGCUCCUUUUCGGGGGCAGCGUUUUGAAUGGCUGCGGCUUAAGCAGGAAGAAUCUGCUGAAGCAGAUCGACCAGGCUCGACACAACUGCAAGAUGGGCUGCUUCCUGCCGGGCAACUACAAAUUUAGCAGCCCAGCCUCCAUCUGGAGCCCGGAAGACCCUGACUCGGUCAAGAGAGUAAGGUCAGAAGACAUCCAAGGAAGCUUCUCCUCGUUGGCCAUAAGUGACAAGGUGGAGGAGUCGUCUUCUGAAGCUGAGCAGAAAAUUCAGCAGACUGAAGUGGAUCUGCAUCCUCCCAGCAAAACCAGGAGAGGCAGCAAGAUAACCAACGGGAAGAAACCGACCUCCAAGAAGUGAUGCCGCCCCCACGGCCACCCAGAGCGCUAGGCCUGGACACGGCUCCUCCCACACCCACCCAGGGCCACCCCGGUCCUGCCUCCACAGCUCCCACCCCCGUUCUCCAAGCCCCUGCGUAAUAAACAAGCGUGCUCCAGCAUCUGGGUGAGGCCAUCGGGUAGGCUGGCUCUUACAAGGCCAGAGGCCCCCCAACAGCCCUGUUCUAGGCCAGCCUGGAAACUUGCUCUGACCUGGAGCUUCCUCUGUGACCAGUUAAGUCAGCCCGAGAAUCAUCCACUCCCAAGGAAAUGAAAGUCUCCCACGGGGCAAGCCAAAUGAUCUCUUAGCCCUGGGGAGGUUUCAGAUGGACUAAACUGUGCCCUGCUACCCUUCACUGUGGGCGGGGGUUGAGGCGAGUGCAGGAAGGGCUCAGAUUCCGGCCCAGGUGGAAAAUAAGGAGAGAGACAAAAGAGGGGAGAGAGACAGAAAGGUGGAGCAGGUGGGAAAAGAGACAGAGGGAGGGAGAGAAAGAUGAUGAGAAGGGAGAG